GCUGCGGAAUGAAGAGAGGGCUCGGUUCUGGGCGCGGAGACCGAAGACCGUGGUGUCCGUUUUCCCACGUGCAUCUCGUCAUUGGAUUGGGGCGGGCCACCAUCACAAACUCUUGAAUAAUACUCGUCUCCUAGUCUGUUUCCUCCGUUGUGAAAUCGCAGGACUUCCUUGUCUGCCUCGGGUCGUUGUGACUGGGAACUUGUUAGAAAUACAGGUUCUCUGCCCACACCCCAGACUUAUUGAAUCAGAAACUCAGGGGAUGAGGCCCCACCAUCAGUGUUUUAACAAGCCCUCCAGGUGAUUCUGAUGCUUGCUUAAAUUUCAGAACCACUGGGCUACCGUAAUGUAGCAAGCUGUACUGAGGGCCUUCUCAACCCAAGCUGAGAAAGUAAGAGAAAGAAAGGAGGUGGACUUGAGAGAAGUCUUGGAGACAGACUCAGUUGCUUGAGGAGGAGUCAGGGGUGAAAGAGUUUCUGGCUUGGGCCACGGGCCUGAGGUGGGACCUUAAGUGAUGGCUCCAGGUGUCAACCACGUGUGCCCUGCCUCCAGGCCUGCACUCUUCUGCGCAGUCACACUAGGGCUCUGUGGCCGUGCCUCCCGGCCGUUUUCAGGUCAUAGGCCACAUAGGAAAUGAUAAUAUUUGUACAGUGCCCAGGGGAAAUGGAUGAAGCUGCUUGAGGUUGGAGGAGACCGGCUGGAGGAUUGAGGCUGCUGGAAGCUGGAGGGAACCACCUGGGGGGGAUUUGAGCUUCCCAGAGCUGAGGGAAAUUAGUAACCUGUUCUCAGCAUACUGCAGAAGAGCUUUGUCCCAUGGGAUUUGCUGAAGAUUAGGGGUGCUCACUAAAUUUGGCAACAUAAAUCAAGAAGCUUGAAAGAGUUUAUACCCUUUGACUCAGUAAUUCCGUUCCUGUAGAUCUCUCCCAAAUAUAUAACAAAAGAAAAAAAGCCUUCUGUUGUAGAUUACAUACAACAGAGAAAAUUAACAACUCUCUGGAGAAUCGUUUUUGAUCUAGUCAGUCAAUGAAAUGUUGUACUGCCCUUAGGAAUGUGUGAAUAUUUUGUAAAAAUCAUAAAGAAACCUACCGUGCUCAUUCAUUAGACGAUUGUCUAGUAAGCCCCUGCUCUGUGCUGAGUGGUGAGCGAGUUAGCUCCACAGAGCUGACUGCCUGGGGGAAGACCCAGCUGAAGGAGCAGAAACUCCAAAGAGUGAUUGGUGUUUGAUAGGGGAUCAGGGGCUGCUGCAGGAGAAGCUGCUCUUUGGGGUAUGGGGAGUGGGUCAGGAAAGGCAUCCUAGGAGACAAGGUGGCACUCCUAAGGCCUGGAGGAUGAGUAGAUGUUGGUACGCAAAGGGGAGAGGAACAUUCUACGCAAAGGGAACUGUGUUUUAAUGAGUGUGCUGAAGCUGGAGCACAGAGAGGGCACUGGUGAGAGGAGGCCAGAGGGGACCAGCGGCUUGCUCACAUGGGGCCAUGUGCACUGUGAAGGUGAGAAGGUUAGACCUGAUUCUAAGGGUAACAGGAAGCUGUUGGAGGAUUUUAAGCAAGAAAAGCUGUUGCUGUAUGUGUCUUGGAAGUAUCCCCUGUGGCUACAGCGUGGAGAAUGGAUUGGAGGAAGGUGGGCCUGGAAGCUGGGAGCCCAAGUGAAGAGGCUGUUGCAAUAGCCCAGUACACGGGCCUCUCACUGUUGUGGCCUCUCCCAUUGCAGAGCACAGGCUCCGGACGCGCAGGCUCAGCAGCCAUGGCUCACGGGCCCAGCCACUCCGCGGCGGAUCCUUAACCACUGCGCCACGAGGGAAGUCCCGUAAACAGGAAAAUAUUGAUUUGUUUUUUAAACGGCAGUAAAUGGUGAGAGAAGUACAAUAGUACUUUGAUCUGCAAGGAUAUUAGAAAAGAAAGGAUUUGCAUCCACAAGAUCGGUGGUGGUUGUAGAAGUUUGUUGGCGAGCAGCCUGCGUUGACUACUGCAGGGUGUUGGAUCACAGUUAACGCCUACUUCUGCUCGGCUCGUUUUUCUUCAGGCGCAAGUGCCUCCUUGCACUGGGCUGUGAUGGAAGGGCUGCUGACAAGAUGCAGAGCGCUGCCUGCCUUGGCCACCUGCAGUCACCAGCUCUCGGGGUACGUUCCCCACAGGUUUCACCACCGUGCCCCAGGGAGAGGGAAGCGCUUGGUGCUGUCCCGCAUGUUCCAGCCCCAGAACCUUCGGGAAGACCAGGUGCUCUCGCUAGAGGGCAGAUCUGGCGAGCUGACCUGUAAGAGCCAGCGGCUGAUGCUGCAGGUGGGCCUGAUUCACCCAGCAAGCUCCGGCUGUUACCACCUCCUGCCUUAUACUGUCCGUGCCAUGGAGAAGCUUGUGCGGGUGAUAGACCAGGAGAUGCAGGCCAUUGGGGGACAGAAGGUCAACAUGCCCAGCCUCAGCCCAGCAGAGCUGUGGCGAGCCACCAGCCGGUGGGACUCGAUGGGCAAGGAGCUGCUAAAACUUAGAGACAGACACGGCAAGGAGUACUGCUUAGGACCGACUCACGAGGAAGCCAUCACAGCCCUGAUUGCCUCCCAGCAGACACUGUCCUACAGGCAGCUCCCGCUCCUGCUGUACCAGGUGACGAGGAAGUUUCGGGAUGAGCCCAGGCCCCGCUUUGGUCUUCUCCGAGGCCGAGAGUUCUACAUGAAGGACAUGUACACCUUCGACUCCUCCCCUGAGGCCGCCCAGCAGACCUACAGCCUGGUGUGUGAUGCCUACAGCAGCCUGUUUAACAGGCUGGGGCUGCAGUGCGUCAAGGUCCAGGCGGACGUGGGCAGCAUCGGGGGCACGAUGUCUCACGAGUUCCAGCUGCCAGUGGACGUCGGAGAGGACCGGCUUGCAGUCUGUUCCGGCUGCGGCUUUUCGGCCAACAUGGAGACUCUGGACUUGUCACCAACAAACUGCCCUGCUUGCCAGGGGCCACUGACCAAAACCAAAGGCAUUGAGGUCGGGCACACGUUUUACCUGGGCACCAAGUACUCCUCCAUUUUCAGUGCCCAGUUCACCAAUGUCCACGGCAAGCCAUCCCUGGCUGAAAUGGGGUGCUAUGGCUUGGGUGUGACGCGGAUCUUGGCCGCUGUCAUUGAAGCUCUCGCUACAGAAGACUGCAUCCGCUGGCCCGGCCUCCUGGCGCCUUACCAAGUCUGCCUCAUUUCCCCCAAGAAGGGCAGUAAGGAGGAGGCGGCCACAGAGCUCACGGGGCACCUGUAUGACCACAUCACAGAGGCAGUGCCGCAGCUCCGAGGGGAGGUCCUGCUGGAUGACAGGACCCAUCUGACCAUUGGAAACAGACUGAAAGACGCCAACAAGUUCGGCUACCCCUUUGUGAUCAUCGCGGGCAAGAGGGCCCUGGACGACCCUGCACAUUUUGAGGUUUGGUGCCAGAACACCGGAGAGGUGGUCUUCCUCACCAGAGAGGGAGUCCUGGAAUUACUGAGCCAAGUGCAGGUUGUCUAAACGCCCCCGGACCCCUCCCACUGCAUCUCACAGUCUCGGUGUUCAUUCUAACGCUGCCUUUCUUAUACUGCUUUCCAGAGCUGGUCUCCGCAGAAAGAGGGCAGCUCAUGGAAGGUGAGACCAUGUUAGGAAAACCAGUUGUUAUCCAGUCAUCUGUUCGGACUAUUUGUAUUUAAAGUCAUUAUCUUGAUCCCUUUGUCUGGCUGGCCCUGCUGCCACAUAUCAUUCCUUUUACAUUCUGUUUGGAGGUAGUGGCUAGGAGGAGCCAACUUGUCAUCUUGGCCCUCAGGAGAGUCACUUCCCUUCUCUCAGUGGAGUUUCCCAUGUGUAGGAUGGGGCCUCCCCAGUGGCCGAGGCCCUUCCAGCUCCAGCAGUCCAACCACGGGCCUCUUGCCGCAUUCGGUCCAGAGAGGCAGCCCGCCUGUCUUCCUCCAUUGAGAAGUUGGCCUGAUGAUCUGGGGAGAAGAAUCAGGACACCUGACUGCCACUGACUCACUCACUGGAGACUUGGACACGACCCCUCCCCUGCUGGUGCCUCAGUUUCCCCAUCUGUGAUGUGAGAAAAUGGAACUAGAUCUGUAAGGUCCUUACAGCUGUGACUGGCUGGUUCCCCGAGAGGUUCAUGACAGGCAGAUCAGAUCUGAUCUGUUCCUCGGAUCCUCCAUCGUGUAAGCUACCCAGAAGGUAAAUACAAUUAGCUAAUUGCCCCCAAACCACCUCCAGAGACCUGGCCCUCCCUCUUGAGGUGGCUUAGCACUGAGAUCAUGUUACAUUGAUUGAAUAAAGUCAAACUAUUGGGAUGAGCCUUACAUGUUAAUUGGAAACAGUGCCAACACCUGCCAUGUUAACAGUGCAGCAGCUUCCUGCCUGGAAACUUUCCUUUUUCUACUCUUUCUCCACUCAAAAAAGAAAAUUGGGUGGCUGGGAAAAUGUGUGUUAAACCAUAUCUUCCCACAGGUGUGAGGGGCAGCAGGCUUCAAGUGCCAUGGUGACUUCGUCCUGCGUGCAGAGUUGCAUCCUAGUGCCACGCACGACAGCGGUGGAUAUUAAGGUCUCUGCCUGAGCCCUGGGGAGAACUGGCAGCAGGCUUGAGCUUUCAUUGCUCCUGCUUCCAGGAGCAGAAUCAGGUUCUCCAUCCUCGGCCCCCAGGGUCAUGGCUUGUCCAAACCUAACAAGAAUCUCUCGGGGCCAAGCUCAAAGCCACCACCUCCUGAAACAUGCUCGGCAGCUCCUGGCAGUGGUUCUGCCUUUGGCUCCCCCUAUGCUCGCCUGCGCAGCACCGACGCCCUUCUUUUUCACUUGGCGGGCACAGCUCACUGUAUGGCGGCCAGCCUCUCGUUGAUGGUCAGCUCCCUGAGGCUGGAGUCCUAGGCUGAUUCCUAGUGCACUGAAGUUCUUGUCUCAGCCUGUUGUUCUACUUGCCAAACAGCUUCCCUGCAGCUUGUGACCACUGUUCCUGCCAGAGUAACCUCACCCCCAGCACACACCAUCAGGUUUCCUAAUGACUCCCAGGCCUACCGCUGGGCUCUGGGCCAGCAUUCAGGCCAGGAGACAGGGAUUCUGAGAGCAAACCCAGAAGGGCUGGAUUGUAAGGCAGGAAUCUUACCCUUGGCUGCACAGUGGAAUCCCCUGCGUCCCACCCCGAGGUUCUGUUCUGGGGUGUGGCCUGGGCACUGGCAGUUUUAAAACUCCCCAGUUGAUUCUAAUUCGUAAAGUCGGUGGAGUGCCUUCUGAGGCUACAUUGCAAGGUGGAGUGUCUGAGUCAUUUCGGUUGUGCGUUGUCAGAUUGAUGUGAGCUCUGCUUUCAGUGGUCUGGUCAUUCAUUUGUUGAGGGCCUGCAUGUGCCACUGUGCUGUGAGGCCCUUUUAUAUGCCGUGUUCAGAACUUAAAACUGUGCAAGGUAGGUCCUGUGAAAUCCUCAUUUUACAGAUGAGGAAACCUGAAACUCCAUUUAAGCAACUUAAUCAAGGAUGCACAGCUAUUACGUAUUAGAGCUAGAAUCUGAGUACUGACCAAAACCUAUGCCUGUCCCACUAUACCGCAUGGCCUCUGCCUGGUCAAAAUGAUUCCAAUAAGUAAAAGAUUAUGUAUGUCUGUCUGAUCAAUUUAGCCUGAAGUAGAGAAAUUAGAAUUCUUACAAAUGGGUGCUUUAUUGUUCUGAAUCUUUUUUUUUUUUUUUUUUUUUUUGCGGUACGCGGGCCUCUCACUGUUGUGGCCUCUCCCGUUGUGGAGCACAGGCUCCGGACGCGCAGGCUCAGCAGCCAUGGCUCACGGGCCCAGCUGCUCCGUGGCAUGUGGGAUCUUCCCGGACCAGGGCACGAACCCGUGUCCCCUGCAUCAGCAGGCGGACUCUCAACCACUGCGCCACCAGGGAAGCCCAAGAAUAAGCACUUUUAAAAAUCAGAUUCAGACUUCCCUGGUGGUCCAGUGGUUAAGACUCCACCGUUCCACUGCAGGGGGCACGGAUUCAGUCCCUCGGGGAACUAAGAUCCCACGUGCUGCGUGGUGCAACCAAAAAUAAAUAAAUAAAUAUGCAUUUGCCUCCUUAUUAAAAAAAUCAGACUCAGGGAAUAGAGAACCAAUUAAUUUAAAAUGCUCAUAAAUGUGUAUGACACAACGAUUUGAGGGUGAUGUAGAAUCAUGGACCUUUAGAAUGGUAGAACUUGGAGUGUGCCUGUCCAGCCCUUGUUUCAAUGGGAGACAGGCCUGCAGUGGGAAUUAACUUGCCACAACCCAUCUUACUGGCAAACCGCCUGAUUGCAGGCCAGGUGCUACGUCUCCUAAGUUAGGCUACCUUGGGUCCAUCUUGUUGCAGGGAGUGAUGUCUGGCUGAGUCAGCCUUUGAGCUACAGAAGUGCUGUAGGUUUGAAACAGGUACCCAUGCUCUGUUUUCCAAGGGAGACACGUACAAGGAGCACAGUGAUUUGCUCAAGGUCAAGGUGAACUGAAACCCAGGUCUCCUGAUUACUUAGCCAGUGUCCUGUAGCCAGGGGCAGUAUAAUUUGGUGGAAAGAUCAGAACCUUGAACAGACAGUCCUAAAUCCACCACUUAGCAGGGAUGUUAUCUUAGACAAAUAACUUGUCCUUUGUGCAUCUGUGUAUCUUAGAUUCUUCAUCUGUAAGAUGCGCUCAUGAUAAUGGUACCUACCUCCCUGGGUUGUCUAAGGGUUGGCUGAGCUGACAUAUGAAAAGCUUAACCCUUAGUGUGCUCUCAGGAAAUGCUUCCCUUACAUGGGAUGACUUAGGAAAUACCCCCAUUGGGAGCUCAGGUUCUGCUGUUAACAUUAUCUCGAGACCUGGGUUUUGUUUUUUGAUAUGUUGCUUCACAACCUUCCUGGGGGGUGCCACGAGCAAGAAUUAAGUAACGCCUGCAGAAUGGUUCCAUCUCCUUAGAGGAAAGACAGACAUUUUCAAACCGUGUACCUUCUUCUCUCCUUUCUGAACUUGCCAAUGUUACCUCUUGCCAUAAAUUGAUGAAAUGGGGUUGCUGGCAAAAUAACAGGUACAGGCUGUAUUAUCAUUGCUCAUUCCUUGGGGAGAUGGAGAAGCAACUGGCUGAGAAAUGUUUAGCAGAAGUAAUACUUGAGGACAAAGGCUGGUGCAUAACAAAACCGUCGUGUAAAUCAAGUUUAGAAUGUAAAUCAAGCGCUCCAUUAAUAUUCAGUGUUUUAAUGGAAGAAACACCUGCUGGGCUAUCAAUAAAGGAGCUUUGCAGAAAUC